UUCAGAAUGGUUUUCUGCACUGUUCAUAAAAGUGGAAGAUCAGAUAACCCCAAGCAGGGAUCUGCAGAACCUACAGUCAUUUCUAUUUCUGAGUCCGCUGUAAUGGAGCCAGGUAAACUGCAUUUAGCACACUUCCAGGUUAAGACUGCGUACUUCAAGGACCAUUUGAUGGAUUACUCCUAGAUAGUUCCAACAGAGCAUUUGGAUCAGAUCGCCUUGCGGACUCCGCUUCUUUCAUGUUGAAGGCACAGACGAGAAAGCCAUGGAUGUGAAGGAGAGGAAACCGUACCGUUCCUUGACCAGGCGCCGCGACGCCGAGCGCCGCUACACUAGCUCCUCGGCCGAGAGCGAGGACAGCAAAAUACCUCAGAAGUCUUACAGCUCCAGCGAGACCCUGAAGGCUUACGAUCAGGACCCCAGGCUGACCUACGGCAACCGGGUCAAAGAAAUGGUUCACCAGGAGGCGGAAGAGUACUGCAGGACAGGAGCCAACUUUUCCUUGCGAGAACUGGGCCUCGACGACGUCUCUCCGCCUCACGGGACUUUAUACCGGACAGAUAUAGGGCUGCCCCACUGCGGCUAUUCCAUCAGCGCCGGCUCCGAUGCCGACACGGAAGCUGACGCGGUCCUGUCACCUGAGCACCCGGUCCGGCUUUGGGGGCGCAACACCAAGUCGGGCCGCAGCUCCUGCCUGUCAAGCCGAGCCAACUCCAACCUCACCCUCACGGAUACAGAACACGAGAACACCGAAACUGAUCAUCCGCCAAGUCUUCAAAACCACUCAAGGCUUCGAACUCCCCCACCGCCACUUUCACACGCACACACGCCAAACCAGCAUCACGCGGCCUCCAUUAAUUCCCUAAAUCGAGGGAACUUCACUCCGCGCAGCAAUCCUAGCCCUGCUCCCACAGACCACUCCCUUUCCGGAGAGCAGCCGGCUGGGACGCAAGAGUCGACACACGCUCAGGACAACUGGUUACUUAACAGUAACAUCCCCCUUGAGACAAGAAACAUAGCAAAGCAGACAUUCCUAGAGACAUUGCAGGACAACCUCAUUGAGAUGGACAUUCUCACCUCCUCCCGACAUGACGGUGCUUACAAUGAUGGGCACUUCCUGUUCAAACCAGGGGGCACCUCUCCCCUAUUUUGUACAACGUCUCCCGGAUAUCCCUUGACGUCCAGCACUGUGUAUUCACCUCCUCCCAGGCCUCUACCCAGGAGUACAUUUUCUAGGCCUGCCUUUAAUCUGAAGAAGCCCUAUAAAUACUGUACCUGGAAAUGUGCGGCUUUGAGUGCCAUCGUCAUCUCGGUCACGCUGGUGAUCCUCCUGGCGUAUUUCAUCGCCAUGCACCUGUUUGGCCUAAACUGGCACCUGCAACCGAUGGAAGGGCAGAUGUAUGAGAUCACGGAAGACAUGGCCACCAGUUGGCCAGUGCCAACGGACGUCUCCGUAUAUUCCUCAGGGGGCACGGGGUUAGAGUUACCUGACAGGAAAGGCAAAGGAGUCGGCGAAGGAAAGCCCAGUAGUUUCUUUCCAGAAGACAGUUUUAUAGACAGUGGAGAGAUUGAUGUUGGCAGACGAGCCACGCAGAAGAUCCCUCCCAGCAUUUUUUGGAGAUCUCAGGUGUUCAUUGACCACCCAGUGCAUCUGAAGUUCAACGUUUCCUUAGGAAAGUCCGCUCUCGUUGGGAUCUAUGGCAGAAAGGGCCUGCCUCCUUCACACACACAGUUUGACUUUGUGGAGCUGCUCGAUGGGAGAAGGCUACUGACUCAAGAGGCCCGGGGCCUGGAAGGGCCCCAGCGGCAACACAAGGGCAUCGUGCCGCUGGCCAGUCACGAGACAGGAUUUAUCCAGUACUUGGAUUCGGGGAUGUGGCACCUGGCCUUCUACAAUGACGGGAAGGAGUCCGAGGUGGUCUCUUUUCUCACCACUGCCAUUGAGUCGGUGGACAGUUGCCCCAGGAACUGCUAUGGAAAUGGUGACUGUGUUUCCGGCAACUGCCGCUGCUUCCUGGGCUUCCUGGGUCCGGAUUGUGGCCGAGCCUCCUGCCCGGUGCUGUGCAGCGGCAACGGGCAGUACAUGAAGGGCCGGUGCUUGUGCCACAGUGGAUGGAAAGGGGCCGAGUGCGACGUUCCGACCAGCCAGUGCAUCGAUGUCUCUUGCAGCAGCCACGGCACCUGCAUCAUGGGAACCUGCAUCUGCAACCCCGGUUACAAGGGCGAGAGCUGCGAGGAAGUGGACUGCAUGGACCCCACCUGCUCGGGACGUGGCGUUUGUGUGAGAGGAGAGUGCCACUGCUCAGUGGGCUGGGGAGGCAGCAAUUGCGAGACGCCCAGAGCCACCUGUCUGGACCAGUGCUCUGGCCAUGGCACCUUCCUGCCUGAAACCGGCCUGUGCAACUGUGAUCCCAGCUGGACCGGACACGACUGCUCCAUCGAGAUCUGUGCCGCGGACUGCGGAGGGCACGGCGUGUGUGUCGGAGGCGCCUGCCGCUGCGAGGAGGGCUGGAUGGGAGCGGCCUGUGACCAGCGCGCCUGCCACCCCCGCUGCAACGAGCAUGGGACGUGCCGUGACGGCAAGUGCGAAUGCAGUCCGGGCUGGAACGGAGAGCAUUGCACCAUUGCUCACUAUCUGGAUAAGGUAGUGAAAGAGGGAUGCCCUGGCUUGUGUAACGGCAACGGCCGGUGCACACUGGACAUGAAUGGCUGGCACUGUGUCUGCCAGAUGGGAUGGCGAGGAGCAGGCUGCGACACUUCCAUGGAGACGGCAUGUGGUGACGGGAAAGACAAUGACGGAGACGGGUUAAUCGAUUGCAUGGACCCUGACUGCUGCCUCCAGCCCCUGUGCCAGGCCAACGUGCUCUGCCUGGGCUCUCCGGACCCGCUGGACAUCAUACAAGACACCCAGCCGCCGGCAUCCCAGCAGAACCUUUACUCGUUCUACGACCGGAUCAAGUUUCUCGUUGGCAAGGACAGCACGCACGUCAUUCCGGGAGAGAAUCCCUUCAACGGAGGCCACCCUUGUGUGAUUCGUGGGCAGGUGAUGACAUCGGAUGGGACCCCACUGGUUGGCGUGAACAUCAGCUUUGUCAACAACCCCUUCUUUGGCUACACCAUCAGCAGACAAGAUGGCAGUUUUGACCUCGUCACUAAUGGCGGGAUCUCCAUCAUCUUGCAUUUUGAACGGGCACCCUUCAUUACUCAAGAUCACACCCUUUGGCUGCCAUGGGAUCACUUCUUUGUCAUGGAGACCAUAGUCAUGAGGCACGAAGAAAACGAUAUUCCCAGCUGUGACUUGAGCAACUUUGCCCGGCCAAACCCUGUCGUCUCGCCAUCCCCACUGACGGCUUUUGCCAGCUCCUGCUCAGAGAGAGGCCCCAUCGUGCCGGAGAUCCAGGCCUUACAAGAAGAGAUUAAAAUUGCAGGCAGUAAAAUCAAGUUGAGCUACUUGAGUAGCCGCACGUCGGGCUAUAAAUCCGUCCUUAGGAUCACCUUGACCCACACCACCAUACCGUUCAACCUCAUGAAGGUUCACCUCAUGGUCGCCGUUGAGGGUCGCCUUUUCAGGAAAUGGUUUCCUGCAUCCCCGGAUCUCUCGUAUUACUUCAUAUGGGACAAGACUGACGUGUACAACCAGAAGGUGUAUGGCUUAUCAGAAGCCUUUGUUUCGGUGGGCUAUGAAUAUGAAUCGUGUCCUGACUUGAUCCUGUGGGAGAAGCGGACGGCUGUGCUUCAAGGUUACGAGAUCGACGCUUCCAAGCUCGGAGGCUGGUCCCUGGACAAGCACCACGCACUCAAUAUCCAGAGCGGUAUCUUACAUAAAGGAAAUGGGGAAAACCAGUUCAUCUCUCAGCAACCACCUGUCAUAGGAAGCAUCAUGGGGAAUGGACGUCGCAGGAGCAUCUCCUGCCCGAGUUGCAAUGGCCUUGCGGACGGGAACAAGCUGCUGGCUCCUGUUGCCCUAACCUGCGGGUCGGACGGAAGCCUCUACGUCGGAGACUUCAACUACAUCCGAAGGAUCUUUCCCUCGGGAAACGUCACAAACAUACUGGAGUUAAGAAAUAAAGAUUUCAGACAUAGCCACAGCCCUGCUCAUAAGUAUUACUUGACAACAGACCCCAUCAGUGGAUCCAUCUACCUCUCGGACACCAGCAGCCGCCGCGUCUUUAGAAUCAAGUCCACCACCAUGGUGAAGGACGUGGUGAAGAAUUCGGAGGUCGUGGCUGGGACAGGAGACCAGUGCCUUCCAUUUGAUGAUACCCACUGUGGAGACGGAGGGAAAGCAACCGAGGCCACGCUCACAAGUCCCCGAGGUAUCACAGUGGACAAAUUUGGGUUCAUUUAUUUUGUGGAUGGCACCAUGAUCCGGCGCAUCGACCAGAACGGGAUCAUUUCGACUGUGCUCGGUUCCAAUGAUCUGACAUCUGCCAGGCCUCUGAGCUGCGACUCGGUCAUGGACAUCUCCCAGGUUCGCCUCGAAUGGCCGACAGACCUCUCAGUCAACCCAAUGGACAAUUCUCUGUACGUCCUUGACAACAACGUCGUCCUGCAGAUCUCCGAAAACCACCAGGUGCGCAUUGUGGCUGGAAGGCCAAUGCACUGCCAGGUCCCCGGAAUCGACCACUUCCUCCUGAGCAAGGUGGCCAUCCACGCCACCUUGGAAUCUGCUACAGCCCUGGCCGUCUCUCACAGUGGUGUUCUGUACAUCACGGAAACGGAUGAGAAGAAGAUCAAUCGCAUCCGGCAGGUCACCACCAAUGGGGAGAUCUCACUUGUGGCAGGGGCCCCGAGUGGCUGUGACUGCAAAAACGAUGCCAACUGCGACUGCUUCUCCGGGGACGAUGGCUACGCAAAGGACGCCAAGCUGAACGCCCCUUCCUCCCUGGCAGUCUGUGCAGAUGGCGAGCUGUACGUGGCUGACCUUGGGAACAUCCGGAUCCGCUUCAUCCGGAAGAACAAGCCAUUCCUCAAUACACAGAACUUAUAUGAACUGUCCUCACCCAUUGAUCAAGAACUCUACUUGUUUGACACGAGUGGCAAACAUCUUUUCACCCAGAGCCUUCCCACCGGAGAUUACCUUUACAACUUCACCUACACGGGAGACGGUGAUAUCACCCUGAUCACCGACAACAACGGGAACUUAGUCAACAUCCGGAGGGAUUCCACAGGGAUGCCGCUUUGGCUGGUGGUCCCUGAUGGCCAGGUCUACUGGCUAACCAUUGGCACCAACAGCGCCCUCAAGAGCGUGACAGCUCAGGGGCAUGAGGUGGCCAUGAUGACCUAUCAUGGCAAUUCCGGCCUCCUCGCCACCAAGAGCAAUGAGAACGGGUGGACAACAUUUUAUGAGUACGACAGCUUUGGCCAUCUCACCAACAUCACCUUCCCCACUGGCCAGGUCAGCAGCUUCCGGAGUGACACCGACAGUUCGGUCCAUGUCCAGGUUGAAACUUCCAGCAAGGAUGACGUCACCAUAACAACCAACCUUUCAGCCUCAGGUGCCUUCUAUACCCUCCUACAAGACCAAGUGAGAAACAGCUACUACAUCGGUGCAGACGGGUCUCUCCGGCUCAUGCUGGCUAACGGCAUGGAAGUGGCCUUGCAGACGGAACCUCACCUGCUAGCUGGCACCGUUAACCCCACCGUGGGGAAGAGGAACGUCACCCUCCCGAUUGACAACGGUCUCAACCUGGUGGAGUGGAGGCAGCGGAAGGAGCAGGCGAGGGGUCAGAUCACUGUUUUUGGCCGCAGGCUGCGAGUUCAUAACAGAAACCUGCUGUCUCUUGACUUCGACCGUGUGACCAGAACGGAGAAGAUCUACGAUGACCACCGCAAGUUCACCCUGCGGAUCCUAUACGAUCAGGCCGGCCGGCCCAGCCUUUGGUCCCCAAGCAGCAGGCUGAACGGGGUGAAUGUCACCUACUCCUCAGGGGGGCAUAUCGCUGGAAUUCAAAGGGGAACCAUGUCGGAAAGGAUGGAAUAUGACCCAUCCGGCAGGAUUACCUCCAGAAUCUUCGCUGAUGGCAAAUCUUGGAGCUACACAUACUUAGAAAAGUCCAUGGUACUGCUUCUUCACAGCCAGCGACAAUACAUCUUUGAAUUCGAUAAGAACGACCGGUUGUCCUCUGUCACCAUGCCCAACGUAGCCCGGCAGACCUUGGAGACCAUCCGUUCCAUCGGCUACUACAGGAACAUUUACAGACCGCCGGAGGGUAACGCCUCCAUCAUUGAGGAUUUCAACGAGGAGCGGCAGCUCCUGCAUACUCACCAUCUGGGAACGGGCAGGCGUGUCAUCUACAAGUACGGAAAGCUGUCCAAACUGGCGGAAAUGCUCUACGACACGACGAAAAUCACCUUCACCUACGACGAGACGGCGGGCAUGUUGAAGACGAUCAACCUGCAGAAUGAAGGGUUCACCUGCACCAUCCGGUACCGGCAGAUCGGGCCACUCAUCGACCGGCAGAUCUUCCGCUUCACCGAGGAAGGCAUGGUGAACGCCCGCUUCGACUACAAUUACGACAACAGCUUCCGGGUGACCAGCAUGCAAGCCGUGAUCAACGAGACGCCCUUACCCAUCGACCUCUACCGCUACGACGAUGUGUCCGGCAAGACAGAGCAGUUUGGCAAAUUUGGCGUGAUUUAUUACGAUAUCAACCAGAUCAUCACGACAGCGGUCAUGACCCACACGAAACACUUCGACGCCUACGGGCGGAUGAAAGAAGUGCAGUAUGAGAUUUUCAGGUCCCUCAUGUACUGGAUGACCGUGCAGUAUGACAACAUGGGGAGGAUUGUGAAAAAGGAGUUGAAGGUCGGCCCGUAUGCAAACACCACGAGGUACUCCUACGAGUACGACUCGGACGGCCAGCUGCAGACGGUCUCGAUCAACGAGAAGCCGCUCUGGCGGUACAGUUACGACCUGAACGGGAAUCUCCACUUGCUGAGCCCCGGCAACAGCGCCCGCCUCACGCCGCUGCGGUACGACCUCAGGGACCGGAUUACGAGGCUGGGGGACGUGCAGUACAAGAUGGACGAAGACGGGUUCUUGAGGCAGAGGGGGAACGACGUGUUCGAGUACAACUCCGCGGGGCUGCUCAUCAGGGCGUACAACAAAGCCAGUGGAUGGAGCGUGAAGUACCGCUACGAUGGCCUCGGGCGGAGGGUCUCCAGCAAGACCGCCCACGGCCACCACCUGCAGUUCUUCUACGCAGAUCUCAGCAACCCCACCAAGGUCACCCAUCUGUACAACCACUCCAGUUCCGAAAUAACUUCCCUCUACUACGACCUUCAGGGCCACCUCUUUGCCAUGGAACUGAGCAGCGGGGACGAGUUCUAUAUCGCCUGCGACAACAUCGGGACACCCUUGGCGGUCUUCAGUGGGACGGGGUUGAUGAUCAAGCAGGUCCUCUACACGGCUUAUGGGGAGAUCUACAUGGACACCAACCCAAACUUCCAGAUCAUCAUCGGCUACCAUGGGGGCCUCUACGACCCCCUCACCAAGCUCGUGCAUAUGGGGAAGAGAGAUUAUGACGUGCUGGCCGGGCGGUGGACGAGCCCUGACCACGGCAUCUGGAAACGUCUGAGCAGCAGCAACGUCAUGCCCUUCAACCUGUACAUGUUCAAGAAUAACAACCCCAUUAGUAAUUCUCAGGAUAUAAAAUGCUACAUGACAGAUGUCAACAGCUGGCUGCUCACCUUUGGCUUUCAGCUGCACAAUGUCAUCCCCGGGUACCCCAAGCCUGACAUGGACACAAUGGAACCCUCCUACGAACUCGUCCACACCCAGCUCAAAACCCAGGAGUGGGACAACAGCAAGUCGAUUUUGGGUGUGCAGUGCGAAGUGCAGAAGCAGCUGAAGGCUUUCGUCACCCUGGAGCGCUUCGAACAGAUCUAUAGCUCAAGCAUCGCGGGCUGCCAUGAAGUCAAGGAGAACAUUAACUUCGCUUCAGGCGGCUCCGUCAUCGGCAAGGGGGUCAAAUUUGCAAUGAAAGAUGGAAGAGUAUCUACCGACAUCAUCAGUACAGCGAACGAGGAUGGGCGGAGAAUCGCAGCCAUACUGAACAACGCUCACUACCUGGAGAAUUUGCACUUCACAAUCGAAGGCAUGGACACCCACUAUUUCGUCAAGCAGGGUCCGUCGGACAGCGACCUGUCCAUCCUGGGCCUCAGCGGUGGGCGCAGAACCUUGGAAAACGGCGUCAACGUCACCGUCUCCCAAAUCAACACCGUGCUCAACGGCAGGACUAGACGUUACACGGACAUCCAGCUCCAGCACGGGGCACUGUGUCUGAACACCCGCUACGGGACCAGCCUGGACGAGGAGAAGACCCGUGUGCUGGAGCUGGCCAGGCAGCGUGCCGUGGCCCAGGCGUGGGCCCGGGAGCAGCAGAGACUGCGGGACGGGGAGGAGGGUGCGCGCUCCUGGACAGAAGGGGAGAAGCAGCAGCUGCUGAACACGGGGCGGGUUCAGGGUUACGAUGGCUACUUUGUGAUCUCAGUGGAGCAGUAUCCGGAACUCUCGGACAGUGCGAACAACAUCCAUUUCAUGAGACAGAGCGAAAUGGGCAGAAGGUGA